AUUAUCCUAUAUAAAAAAUUAUAUUAUUGAUAAAGAUUUUUAUCAAAAGAAUGUAACAUCACAUAAUAAAUUGAUCUAUACAUAUCUAUUAUAGUACAUGUACACUAGAGGGGUGUGUAGAAGUGCUUGCGUGCGCUAUAGGGUCGCAAUUUAAAGGGAGGGGCUACUUGAAAAUGGCUGAUACGCACAGGGUAGAAUAUCUGGUAAAGAAAAAGUGACGGUUCCUGUCUUCCAUACUGACCAAUUGAGAUUCUUUUAUGACGUUUGAUGCAAAUAUAGUUAAUUAAUAAUUAUUAUGAGGCGUUUACGAAACAAUCUUCGUGUACUCCUAAAACCUCCACCAAAAACGGAUACAAAUCUUCCUCCUGAAAGAUUAGAGCCUCCUUUUAAUAAUGUGAAUCAAAAAAAUUAAGAAACCAAAUAUACGGAAAAAAAACACUCGAGGAAGAUGUCUGGGUCAGCUUUAAGAAUUGCAUUUUUCCUUUUUUUGGGAUUUUCAACAAGUUUGUUAAUAUUUAAUAAAGUAGAUGCUACUAAAUCUAUCAGAGCUGUAAAGGCUCGAUUGAAAACAUCUUAUUCAUCAUGGCGUAUAGUGGUAUGUCUAACUCAACCACAAACUCUCUAUAAGAUGGAUUUUCAAAGAUCAUGGGAAGAAGCCAGAUUAGAAUCAUCAUCUCAGACAGAUAUGGAAGUAUCUUAUAUUGAAGCAAGAAUUACACCAUUGACAGAUUCUUUAUCAUAUUCUUUGUCAUUAUUAAAUAAGUUUUGCACAGACAUCGAAGGUGGGAAAACAGUGUUGAGUCUUAUAAUAGGUGGAGGUUCAGCAGCUAGAUUCCUUGUUACAGCUGCUACUGCCUUGAAUCUUCCAGCUUUAUGGUUACCAUUUGCUCAUCGUGAUUUUCUUCGUCAGGGUAAUUAUGGUUCUUUUGAAAGUCGUAUAGGUUCUAGUUCUAAAGAAGUUGGUGCAGCAACUGCUGCAUUAAUGCACAGAGCUAAUUGGCAUGCAUUUACACUAUUGAUUGAUACAACUUUGCUUCCUGUAUCUCAUCUUCUUCAAACAAAUCAACCAGUAUUAACACCUAGAGUAAUCAUUCAUCUUCCAACGAAUGACAAAACCUUGAUAAUGAGAUUAAGAAGAGUAGCUGCUGAAGGGGGUACUGGUGGAAUCGUAGUGAUGGGUUGUGAUUUAAACAACGCAAGAAGAAUACUUACAGUGGCUAGUAAAUUUGAAAUGCUUUCAGGAAGAUUUUUAUGGCUCUGGUUAGAUCUUAGAGCAGAAUUAAGACCUAAUGAACCAAAUAUAAUUAGUUCACAUAUCGUUCAUAGUUCAAGAGCAUCAAUAGCAACGAAUGGAAAUUCUUCUCCAUUAGAGAACUUAGAGCGCAAUGUAAAUCUUAUACCAGAAAAUCAGUUACCUUUAAAUUCUUUACCAAGCUUAACGAAUGAUAUACAUAGAUUGCAAGAAUAUAAAUGGCAAAAUGAGAGGACCAUAACUAAACGGGAAGAAAAAACAUUUAAUUUUGAUGAUGAAGAAGUUAGAAUAAUGGAUAAGGAGUUAAAUUCUAAAAGUUUCAUGCCAGUUGGAAUGCUUGCCUUAAGACCUUCCAGUAUAAGAAUAAUGAAUGGUGAUACCAUAUUAUCUAGAAUAUUAAGAGAAACAUCACAGGCAUUGGAUGAAACACUCUCUGACACAAAACCAAAGAUGAAUCGUCUUAGAGAAUCUCAAUUAAAAGAACAUUUUAUCCCAGAAUGUUUUCCACAUCCAAAUGCUAAAUUUUUAACAAAUGAAGUAAGAGAAAAUUUUUCUAGGAUAUUAACACAUAAAUUAAGAAAGUCGAUGGGUCAAAUCUCUAAAGAUAAGGCAGAAUUUCAGUUAUUAAAUUUGCAAGCAGUGAGAUAUCCUGGAAAUAAGACUCAAUUAAGAUGGACCAAAGUGGGUACUAUCAAAGGAGGAAAAGAAGUUCGUCUUGAUACAAUAAUUUGGCCAGGUGGUGGUAUUGUUCCAGCCUACCUUGAACAAGGUGGAGAAAGUAUUGGAAUGCCAGUAUACCGCAUAGUAACUGCACUAGCAUCGCCGUUUACAAUGGCUACGAAAUUACAAGAAGGACUUUGUUUAAGAGGAUUAAUUUGUCGUCAUGGAAACACCAUUAUGUGUUGUUAUGGAUUAAGCAUAGAUUUGAUGUCCUUAGUCGCACGUGAAUUGGGAUUUCGUUUUGAUUUGUAUGUUGCUCAAGAUGGUUUGUUUGGAAAAAGGAAUGGCAGAAGUGGUACAUGGAAUGGUAUAAUGGGAGAAUUAGUUUCUGGACGUGCACAAUUGGCUUUCGCAGCAAUGAGUGUAUCUGCUCAUAGAGCAGAAGCAGUAGAUUUUACUACACCGUAUUUUUUUAGUGGAGUUAGUUUUCUUACAGCUCCAAAAUUAAAAUCAGAGAUACCCUUAUUUGCAUUCCUUUUUCCAUUUAGUACAGAAUUAUGGAUUGCCGUAUUCACUUCAUUAAACUUGACUGCAAUAGCAGUAGCACUGUAUGAGUGGUUUAGUCCAUUUGGUCUUAAUCCAUGGGGUAGACAACGAAGUAAAAAUUUUUCAAUAGCUUCUGCUCUUUGGGUAAUGUGGGGACUUUUAUGUGGUCAUCUAGUAGCUUUCAAAGCUCCAAAAUCGUGGCCUAAUAAGUUUUUGAUCAAUAUUUGGGGAGGAUUUUCUGUCAUCUUUGUAGCUUCAUAUACAGCUAAUAUAGCUGCUCUUAUCGCAGGCCUUUUUUUUCAUUCUGCGGUCAGCAAUUAUCAUGAUAAAAGUUUGUUAUCACAAAGAGUGGGUGCACCAAGAGCAUCUGCGGCUGAAUAUUAUGUACAGAGAGCAAAUCCUCAACUAUGGUCACAUAUGGCGCGUUAUUCAUUAUCAGAUGUUGCUGAAGGUGUUGAAAGAUUAAGGAAUGAUAGUUUAGAUAUACUCAUUGCAGACACACCUAUUUUAGAUUAUUAUCGUGCAACUGAUGAUGGUUGUCGUUUGCAAAAAAUUGGUGACACUAUUAAUGAAGAUACAUAUGCUGUUGCCCUUACAAAGGGUCAUCCUCUUAAGGAAAGCAUUUCAAAAGUUAUAGCAAAUUAUACUAGCAAUGGAUUAUUAGAUAUUUUACAAGAAAAAUGGUAUGGUGGACUACCUUGCAUACAUGGUCGGGAAGGUAUGGAUACAGGCCUAGAACCUGAACAAGGUGGCCAGCCUCGACCAUUAGGCGUGGCUUCUGUAGCUGGUGUGUUUUGUCUUCUGGGGAUGGGUGUUGUAUUAGGAGCUAUUAUUCUUGCUGGAGAGCAUCUAUUCUAUAAAUAUACAUUACCAAGGCUAAGGCAUAGAUCAGAAGAUUCUAUUUGGCGUAGUCGUAACGUAAUGUUUUUUUCGCAAAAACUGUACAGAUUUAUUAAUUGUGUAGAGUUGGUUUCCCCACAUCAUGCUGCAAGAGAAUUAGUACAUACUGUUAGACAAGGACAAAUUGCUUCUCUUUUUCAAAAAAGUGUGAAACGAAAGGAACAUGAACAACGUAGACGUCGUAAAAGUAAGGCUCAGUUCUUUGAAAUGAUACAAGAAAUACGAAGAGUACAACAAGAAGAAAAAAUAGAAAUUGUACACGAAGAACCAGAAACAGUAAAAAUAGUAAAAGAAGAAAAAGUAACAAAAGGAAAAGAAAGAAGUAGAAGUAAAAGUCCAUUGAUGCAUAGCCCUAGGAGAUCAGAAAAAAGUAGAAGUUCUACCAAUCUGUAUAGUUCUCAGCUUGGGUUAUCUCCUGUCAACCUUGAAACGAUGAUGAAACCAAGGGAAUUUACUCUCAGUAGCACUAAUCUCAGAGCUAGAAGUCCGUUGGAAACUGUAGGUCGUAGAUUAAGCCAUGGUGACGGUGGUUCUCCACCACCACACCUUGGAUCUCAUUUUGGUGGUAGUGCAACAUUAAGACCUUUGAUGUCAACGAAAAGUGACUCAGCCAGUGGUGGUACUCCUUCUAUGAAAGGUGAAUCUGCAGGUGGAAUACCAACGCCAAAGUAUUCUCGAAGUCCAGCAAAACGGGGUCAAUCUUUUCCAGUAUUUGCUACUCUGAGACCACCUCAUUCGUCUACUCAUCAUACCUCGAAAGGUGCUGCAUUGUUAUCGCCAAAUAGCGAAUUAACAUCUGCUAUAGGACGUAAAUUAUCUCGUGAAUGGGGUUCUGGAACUGUGGAUGUAACAAGAUCAUCAGAAGCUAUUAGUGGUGGUUCAACAUACACAUUAAAUCAGGAAACAACGCUAUCUGUUGAAUGUCCAGAAGAUGAUAAUAAAGAUCAGGAAGAAAUUUUACCUGUUAAGAAACCUAUACGCCGCGCUAGAAGUCAUGAAAAUCGAGAUAGUGGCAAACUAAUGGUAGAUCUGCCGUCGCCAAGAUUAAUUGCUCAACCUAUAGUGGGCGGUCGAUCGGUAAGCGAACGAACCAAAAAACAACUUGAAUCAGAACUGAAAGCGAUUUUAAGUGCCAGAGCUCAUCACCGCGAUUUACAUCCUCCUUGAUAGAUUGAAAUUUAAUGGUAAGAGAUUUUGAAAGCACCAAGCUUUGAAGAUCGUUGCCUCUGAGGGGCAUUGAUUGAUUUAAGCAAUAUCAGAUUUAUAGGUCAAUUUAUAGAAGAAUCUGCCAGUUUACAGGAGGACUAAAAAGUAGGCCGUGUCAGGAGUCACAUAACAAAGCAAAAUUUGCAAACAAAGAAAUUUCUUUGUUUGUCUAUACCUUGUUAUGUACAUUGAUAAUAUAAGAUAUAACUGAUAAAAAGUGCUAUAAACUUGAGUAGAAACGUCUUAAUAAGUAGUAUGUACACAAACAUUAAAAUAUUUUCUUGUUGGCAUUUUAACUCUACAUUAACCGUCACCCUGGUUGAGUCUCUCUUUUAAUUGCAAUGGUAUUAGAUAUUGUGCUUUACAGUAUUUCUCAACUAACAUUUCAUGUACAGUGGCAACAUAAAGAGAAACAAAAUUUUAUUCAGUAGUGAUAUAGUAAUCAUAAUUCCAAUAAUAUUAUUAAUAAAUAAUAUAUGACGAUAAAAAUUAUAUGGUUUUAAUACAGCAUAUUUAAUCUUAGAAUAAAAUCGUGCAGAAGUUAUCAGAUAAUUUCAAUUUUAUUGGAAUAACCCACAAAUUUCUAGAUUAAUAAUAAACAUUUAUAAAAGUUGAGAAACACUGUCCCAUUGAAUUUUGCUGAAUUGGAUUGCAUACUGCCACCUUAAUAAUUCUUGUGAUUGAAGAAAAGAGAGACUCACUUAAUGGACUGCCGGCGUAGAAUGACCACUUACUAAAAUAUAUGAUCAAUCUUACAAUCAUUGCGCUUGUUGAUUAUAAAAAUCAAUGGCUAAUGAGACUUUAAUUAAUCAUACAAUCAUCACAUUGUUCGUAAAAAUUAAGUAUCUAAGAAAUCAUUACACCAAAGAUUUUAAGAUCAAGAAAUUUUCACUAGAAAUUUAUUCUAAUUUUGAGAAGGUAGCAAUGCAACUAAUAAGUAGAUUAAUACUAUAAAGAAAUAUUGUUAAGUGUUUGUUGCAACGAGUCAUAUACUUAUAUAUGUUUUGAUGGAGUAUUAGAAGAAUGAAUAAUAUUUAUUUAAAAAAGAGAAGUUC